AUGGAAAGGAAAAAAAAACAAAAACUGCACGAAGAUUAUCAGCUGGUGGAAUCUGAAAUCGAAGAAGAAAAUGUGAUUUUUAAUACUUCCGACAACAACGUUUUGGGUUCGGUUUCUUCGUCUCCGACAACAACAACAAUCCUAAACCCUAAUCUCUCCGGCUUCAUUACUACGAAGGAGGAGUAUGGGUCAAUCGGGGCGGAUACUGCAAUCGGAACUCUGUCUCCUCCGGCUAAGAAGAAACGUACUCACAGACACACUGCUCGUCAGAUUCAAGAACUGGAAGCAUUCUGUAAAGAAACUCCUCUUCCUGAUGACAAACAAAGAACAGAAUUAAGUGAAAAAAUUGGUCUUAAUCCUUUACAAGUCAAGUUCUGGUUUCAGAAUAAACGUACCCAAACCAAGGCACAACAAGAAAAAGCAGAGAAUGUAAUGCUAAGAGCAGAGAACGAAGCUCUUAAGACAGAGAAUCACAAUCUUAUGUCCGAUCUAAAAAGCCUUUGUUGCUCUUCUUGCGGCAGCUCCGGCGACAAACUCCGCCUCGAAAACUCCCGUCUUCGUCAAAAGCUUAAUCUGUUAGAGAGCAUUGCUUCGUUCAUGAAUACUCCUCUGUCUCUUUCACAGGACACUGUUUGUUUCUUCCCGGAGACUAAUAUGAACAACGAUUUAUCAUCGCCGAUUGCGGAAGAAGAUAAGGCGGUUGUGAUGGUUCUUGCUGUUUCUUGUGUUCAAGAAUUAGUAAAGAUGUGUUACACUAAUGAGCCUUUGUGGUAUGAGAAGAGAUUAGAGAACAAAGAGAGUUUGUUGUAUCUUAACGAAGAUGAGUACAAGGAGUUGUUCUUAUGUCCUCCAAUGGAUAAAUGUCGUUUUCGCAGAGAAGCUUCAAGAGCUAAUGGAGUUGUCUUCAUGAACAGUACAACUCUUGUUAAUGCAUUUCUUGAUGCAGAUAAAUGGUCGGAGAUGUUCUGUUCAUUAGUGUCAAAAGCCAAAAUGAUUAAGAUCAUUUCUUUUGGAGUUUCUGGAGCAAGUGGUUCUCUUAUUCUGAUGUAUGCAGAGUUACAAGUACUAUCUCCAUUGGUACCAACAAGAGAAGGAUAUUUUCUUCGUUAUGCGGAACACAACAAAGAGCAAGGAAAAUGGAUGAUUGUAGAUUUCCCGAUCGAUCGCUUUCACGGUUUGAUCAAACCAGCUUCAGCUACUACUUCUACUGAUCAGUACCGGAGGAAAUCUUCUGGUUGCAUCAUUCAGGACAUGCCUGACGAAUACUCUCAGGUCACGUGGGUAGAGCAUGUGGAAGUGGAGGAGAAACACGUGCACCACGAGAUGGUUCGAGAGUAUGUACAGAGCGGUGCGGCCUUUGGUGCUGACCGGUGGCUAGCUGUGUUACAGAGACAGUGUGAGAGGAUGGUUAGUCUCAUGGCUACAAACAUAACUGACCUUGGAGUGAUUCCAUCUGCAGAAGCAAGGAAGAACUUGAUGAGGCUUUCACAGAGAAUGGUGAGAUCAUUCUGUCUCAAUAUAAGCGAUUCGUACAGACAAUCAUUGUCUGGAUCAACAAAGGACACAGUGAGAAUCACGAGCAGGAAAGUUGGUGAUGGUCUUGUUCUAUGUGCCGUCUCAACCACGUUUCUUCCUUUUUCUCAGCUUCAAGUCUUUAAUCUUCUCUGCGAUGAUCAUCGUCGCUCUCAGGAGAUUUUGUUCAAUGGGAAUUCAGUUCAAGAACUUGCUCAUAUCGCUAAUGGAUCACACCCCGGAAAUUGCAUCUCUCUGCUUCGUAACAAUGUUGAGUUAAUGCUGCAAGAAACUUGUACUGAUAACUCCGGCUGUCUUGUUGUUUACUCCACCGUCGACCCCAACGUAGUCCAGCUCGCUAUGAACGGCGAGGAUCCAUCAAAGAUUCCUCUUUUACCCCUUGGAGCCUCUAUUGUUCCGGUGAAUCCAUCCGAGGGUACUUUCGUCAAUUCGCCUUCUUGUUUGCUCACUGUUGGGAUUCAGGUCUUGACGAGCAAUGUCUCCGACGCAAGACUCGACCUUUCCACCGUCUCCGCUAUCCACAACCGUAUUUGCUCCACCGUAAAACAGAUCACCUCCGCCCUCGGAAGCUCCGACAUCGAUAAUUAG